GGGGCGGGGCGGAGCGCAGCUCCGACUUCGGACAUGGCGCACGCUGGCGGCGGCAGCGGUGGCGGCGGCCCCGCGGGCCGGGGGCUGAGCGGCGCCCGCUGGGGUCGCUCGGGCUCCGCGGGCCACGAGAAGCUGCCAGUGCACGUAGAAGACGCCCUCACCUAUCUGGACCAGGUGAAGAUCCGCUUUGGCAGCGACCCCGCCACCUACAACGGCUUCCUGGAGAUCAUGAAGGAGUUCAAAAGCCAGAGCAUCGAUACUCCUGGAGUCAUCAGACGUGUCUCACAGCUCUUCCACGAGCACCCUGACCUCAUUGUUGGAUUCAACGCUUUUCUUCCCCUUGGAUACAGAAUAGACAUUCCCAAGAAUGGCAAGUUAAACAUACAGUCGCCUCUGACGAGCCAGGAGAAUUCGCACAACCACGGGGACGGUGCAGAGGACUUCAAGCAGCAGGUGCCGUAUAAAGAGGACAAACCCCAGGUACCCCUGGAGUCCGAUUCCGUGGAAUUCAACAACGCCAUCAGCUACGUGAAUAAGAUUAAGACCCGCUUCCUAGACCACCCGGAAAUCUACAGGUCGUUCCUGGAGAUCCUGCACACGUACCAGAAGGAGCAGCUGAACACGAGGGGCCGACCGUUCCGAGGCAUGUCCGAAGAGGAGGUGUUCACCGAGGUGGCCAACCUCUUCCGGGGCCAGGAGGACCUGCUCUCCGAGUUUGGACAAUUCCUGCCCGAAGCCAAGCGGUCUCUGUUUACAGGAAACGGGCCAUGCGAGAUGCACAGUGUGCAGAAGAACGAGCACGACAAGACCCCAGAGCACAGCAGGAAGCGCUCCCGGCCCUCGCUCCUGCGCCCCGUGUCUGCACCCGCCAAGAAAAAAAUGAAACUUCGUGGUACCAAAGACCUGUCCAUCGCUGCGGUGGGGAAGUACGGGACUCUGCAGGAAUUUUCUUUCUUUGACAAGGUGCGCCGUGUGCUGAAGAGCCAGGAGGUGUACGAAAACUUCCUCCGCUGCAUCGCACUCUUCAACCAGGAGCUGGUGUCUGGCUCCGAGCUCCUGCAGCUCGUCAGCCCAUUUCUGGGGAAAUUUCCAGAGCUGUUUGCACAGUUCAAGUCCUUCCUAGGGGUAAAAGAGCUGUCCUUCGCGCCACCCAUGAGCGACAGAUCCGGGGACGGGAUAAGCCGGGAAAUCGACUAUGCAUCUUGUAAGCGCAUAGGAUCCAGCUACCGGGCACUCCCCAAAACCUACCAGCAGCCCAAGUGCAGCGGGAGGACGGCCAUCUGCAAGGAGCUUGACCAUUGGACACUUCUCCAGGGUUCGUGGACAGACGAUUACUGCAUGUCCAAGUUCAAGAGUACCUGCUGGAUUCCAGGAUAUAGUGCAGGGGUACUGAAUGACACCUGGGUCUCCUUCCCCUCCUGGUCUGAGGACUCCACCUUCGUCAGCUCUAAGAAGACACCGUAUGAGGAGCAACUUCACCGCUGUGAGGACGAGCGCUUCGAGUUAGACGUUGUCCUGGAGACGAACCUGGCCACGAUCCGCGUGUUGGAAAGCGUGCAGAAGAAGCUCUCUCGGAUGGCGCCCGAAGACCAGGAGAAGUUCCGGCUGGACGACUCCCUCGGGGGCACGUCGGAGGUGAUCCAGCGCCGUGCCAUCUAUCGCAUCUAUGGCGACAAGGCCCCGGAGAUCAUUGAGAGCCUCAAGAAGAACCCCGUCACCGCUGUCCCUGUUGUCCUGAAAAGGCUGAAGGCCAAGGAAGAGGAGUGGCGGGAGGCCCAGCAGGGCUUCAACAAGAUCUGGCGGGAGCAGUAUGAGAAGGCGUACCUCAAGUCCCUCGACCACCAGGCUGUGAACUUCAAGCAGAAUGACACCAAGGCCCUGCGCUCCAAGAGCUUGCUCAACGAGAUCGAGAGCGUCUACGACGAGCACCAGGAGCAGCACUCGGAGGGCCGCAGCGCCCCCUCUAGCGAGCCACACCUCAUCUUCGUGUACGAGGACCGACAGAUCCUGGAGGACGCAGCAGCGCUCAUCAGCUACUACGUGAAGCGGCAGCCGGCCAUCCAGAAGGAGGACCAGGGCACCAUCCACCAGCUGCUGCACCAGUUCGUGCCCAGCCUCUUCUUCUCUCAGCAGCUGGACCUGGGCGCCUCUGAGGAGUCAGCCGACGAGGACCGGGACAGCCCCCAGGGGCAGAGCACAGACCCCAGCGAACGGAAGAAGCCGGCGCCAGGACCCCACAGUAGCCCCCCAGAGGAGAAGGGGGCCUUUGGGGAUGCCCCGGCCACUGAGCAGCCACCCCCGCCACCCCCACCGCCACACAAGCCUCUGGACGACGUCUACAGCCUCUUCUUUGCCAACAACAACUGGUACUUCUUCCUGCGCCUGCACCAGACCCUGUGCUCCAGGCUGCUGAAGAUCUACCGCCAGGCGCAGAAGCAGCUCCUGGAGUAUCGGACCGAGAAGGAACGGGAGAAGCUGCUGUGUGAGGGCCGCAGGGAGAAGGGCAGCGACCCCGCCAUGGAGCUGCGGCUGAAGCAGCCCAGUGAAGUGGAGCUGGAGGAGUACUACCCAGCCUUCCUGGACAUGGUGCGGAGCCUGCUGGAGGGCAGCAUUGACCCCACGCAGUACGAGGACACCCUGCGCGAGAUGUUCACCAUCCACGCCUACGUGGGCUUCACCAUGGACAAGCUGGUGCAGAACAUCGCGCGGCAGUUGCACCACCUCGUGAGCGACGACGUCUGCCUGAAGGUGGUAGAGCUCUACCUGAAUGAGAAGAAGCGGGGCGCUGCCGGUGGGAACCUGUCCUCCCGCUGCGUCCGCGCCGCCAGGGAGACCAGCUACCAGUGGAAGGCCGAGCGCUGCAUGGCCGACGAGAACUGCUUCAAGGUGAUGUUCCUGCAGCGCAAAGGGCAGGUGAUCAUGACCAUCGAGCUCCUGGACACCGAGGAGGCCCAGACGGAGGACCCUGUGGAGGUCCAGCACCUGGCUCGGUACGUGGAGCAGUAUGUGGGGACCGAGGGCGCAUCCAGCUCACCCACCGAGGGCUUCCUCCUGAAACCCGUGUUCCUGCAGAGGAACCUCAAGAAGUUCCGCCGCCGGUGGCAGAGCGAGCAGGCGCGGGCCCUGCGUGGCGAGGCCAGGAGCUCCUGGAAGCGGCUGGUGGGCGUGGAGAGUGCCUGUGACGUGGACUGCCGCUUCAAGCUCAGCACCCACAAGAUGGUGUUCAUCGUGAACUCCGAGGACUACAUGUACCGUCGCGGAACCCUCUGCCGGGCCAAGCAGGUGCAGCCCCUGGUCCUGCUCCGCCACCACCAGCACUUUGAGGAGUGGCACAGCCGCUGGCUGGAGGACAACGUGACAGUGGAGGCGGCCAGCCUGGUGCAGGACUGGCUGAUGGGUGAAGAGGAUGAGGACAUGGUACCCUGCAAGACGCUGUGUGAGACGGUGCACGUGCACGGCCUGCCCGUGACCCGCUACCGCGUGCAGUACAGCCGCCGCCCGGCCUCGCCCUGACGUGCCCUCGGCCUUGGUUGCGUUGGGGCCGUUUUCUUGAACGACCUGAGAGGCAUCUCCCAGCCCCUCUGCUGCCGGACAGCGCACUCCAGGGCAGGACGCCGCACCUGGUCUCCUGUGGGCCUGCCGUGUGCCAAACCUGAGCUACCUGCACCCGAGCCCUGGGGCUCAGCCCCACCACAGGGGCGGGUGGACGUGCUGGCCGAGGAGCAAGCAAUCACGUUUGCGUCCCUGUCCGUCACAUGUGCCAAAUCCCUGGCAGGCGGGUGGCCCCUGCCCUAUGUUCUUACCGUGUCUUGGAAAAGUCACAGGUGACAGCCCUCUUGAGGCCUGCACUUUGGAGGGGGUCCAUGUCCAAGAGACCCUGACAAGGAAGGAGUUGAGCCCUGGGUAGGCUUGCUUGAAAAGUGAGUCCUUCUAGAAUAUUCUCAGAGCUGUCAGAAAUGUCACCUGAGGGUUUGGGCAUCAGCUCUGCCCGGCUGGUGUUCAGGCCCUCAGUCACUUUGGAAGUGAGAAGAACCCUUUAGCCAAACCUUUGGGAUCCCACUUUGAAGUCAAGACCUGGAGUAGGUGGGCAGUGCCUCGGGAGACCCCGCUCUGGAUAAGAGACACCCAACCCCAACUCCAGCAGCUGGACUCUGGGGCCACAAGGGGAGGGACCCCAGCCAGCGUUCCCACAGAAGUGUUCCCGCAGAGCUGGCACCACCGCGUUGUGGGGUGGCGGGCCCAGUCGAGUUCAUGCAGUGGGUACCCUAGGUGUAUGUGUACACGCACAGAUAUUUAUUCUUUUCGCUCUUAGUGGUUGUUAUUUCUGCAGCAGCCAAGUCCCGCAGCUCCCUGGGGCUGAGAUCUCCUUUUGUGGAACUCCAAGAGCUGCCCUGACAGUCCCACCCACCACCCACGGAGCCCCAUCCGUCUGCCUACCCCGGGACCCACAUGGCCACUCCAGGGAUCGCUGUUAUCCUUUCGUGAGGGGCUGAGGCAACUGUCCCAUGAAGGCAUCCAAGGCUUUCAGUGCCAAGAAUCCCAAGUGACUGGGGCUGGGGAUCGGUUCUCCAGGCCUCUCUCCCCCCACUGUGAGAGCCCCUGGCCCUGGCCCCUGUGCACCAGUGGGCCCAGAAUAACCACCACCCUCACCAUCCUGCAACAGCUGGACUCAAGUUUCCAGGAAGUGGAGAUGCGUUUCUAGAAGUUCCCUGUGGAACCUGGAGGCUCCGGACGCCUUUGACUCCAGGCUGGGCGAUUCCGAGGCCGGCCCGUCCUCCUGGGAUCCCCACCCCCGCUCCCCAAGUGUCACGCAGGCACUUUGUACGCAUCCCGGUUUUCUAAGAAGGGAACUUGCCAUCAGGAUUCCUGCACCAGGCCCACGGUCGUCUCGGGCAGAGCCACGUGGGCCCUGGGUGCAGCCGGAGACCCCGCCGAGCCCCUCCUUUCGGUAUUCCCAUCCCCGCAUGCUUCUAGGGAGCGCCUCUUUUCCGUUCUUGAGGAAUUUCUGUUCUGGGGCUUGUCCUUCCUUUGCAGCUGUUUUGAAUGUAGUUUUCCUUUUCUAUUUAUUUGCACAUUAAAGUUAAAAAUUGAAUAUUGACAUCAA